AUGGCCUCGCCCCAUGGCCUCACGUUCACCGCGAACGGCUUUUCGCCCAGCAACUGGGAGACCUGGGAGGAAGUCCCUUGCGACGCGAAGGACACAGUGCAGGACGCGGUUCAGGCAGACUCCUGGUCCUGGACUGAACCUUUGAUUCAAGCCUUGCAGCGCGUCCAAAAACUUCAGGGCACCGGCCGAACGGAGCUGAGCUUUGAGGCGUUGAAGCUGCAGAGCCUGGAGCCCUUCCUGGAAGUGCAGGCUUUGCCGCGGCAGCUGACGAAGCUGUCCUUGCGCGACAAUCCUUGGCAAGAUCCAGCACUGCUGUUGUCUCAGCUUCAGCCCUUGCAUCAGUUGAUUUCUUUGGAUCUCUCCAAGUGCCGCCUGGACUCCCUGACCAACUUGCCGCGGCUGCAGCUGCGCCAUCUGCGGCUGGAGGAGAAUCAGCUGCGAUCCACGCUGGGCAUCGCCGGUUGCCCCCGGUUGCUGGAGGUGUCUCUGGCCCGAAAUCGCCUCAACUCCACUGAGCAGUUGGAGACCCUUCUGGAGCUUCGGGUUUUGGACCUGGCCGAGAACUGCUUGACGUCCAGUCAGCGCUGUUUGAGGCCCCUAGCAGCUUGCACCCAGCUCUCCGAGCUGCAUCUGCAGGGAAAUCCCUUGGCCAAAGAUGGAAAUCCCCUGCGGAGCCUCUUUCCUUCGCUGGAGACCUUGGACUCACGUCCCCUCCGCCGAAGCCGCGGGGGUGUUGCCACCCCCGUGGUGCCUACGGCGGUACCUGCGCCGCGGGGCCCGUGGCGCGACGACGGGGCGGUGGCGACGGAGUACCUGGGGAAGACGAAGAGUUAUGCCAGGCGAAGGGGGGGCUCAAGUAGAGCUCGGUGA